CUAAACCAAUAACAGUAAAAUCAGUCUGUAUCUGCAGUAAAGUAUGCUUGUUAUACUUAAUGUGGAAAUUAAGGGGUUAUUCCUCUGCAUUGUGUAAAAAAGAAUGUUUGAUUCUGUCUUCUCUGAUGCUCCCCUUCUUUCAUGGUCCCCAUUUCAUCUCCUGAUAGAACAGAACUUUGGGGGCAAGCUGCACAUGCUCAGUUUAGUGUGUAUUGCUAGAGAGUUUUUUUUUUUCUUGGGAGGAGUGCAUGUGAUCAGCACAGGGCCAAUCAGCACUGUCCAGACAGAGGUCAGGGGUUUUGCAUCCUCCUACAGCAGAAAGAAAACUCCUCCUACAAGCUUUAACCAGUGCUUAGCUGAACAUACUGAUAGAAGUCCCAAGACUGCUCUAACUGCUGAUGAGAAAAGGUAUUUAGCAGUUUAUAUUUACUAA